UUCCAAACCAGUUCUUGCUCACACACCACAACUGGCAAUACAUACAUUGCCUAUUGAUACCCCACCUCAAGCUGAUAGUCCAGCGUAUUGCUUUAUUGCCAUAUCCCUUCAACCUAGCCAUCAGGUAUCAACCAUCUCCUAUCCAACGGCUCUUGCGCUGCCUGUGACUUGCUCCCUGUCCAGACCCCAACUUCGCUAGGCAAAUCACCAGUAAUCUAGCUCUAGCUAUUACACAGCUAUAGACUAUAUCCUGAAAGGUAACUCCUUGUUUCCAGCGCUCGUUCGCCGAUCCAGACCAUUGGUUGCCAUUCUCCAACCGCUUGUUGCGAUUACAAGACACAGAGGCUGUGUGGUCCAAAUUACCUAAUCUCACUUAAUUCCCCUUAAAACUCUCCAUAAUGUCCUCACAGUUCCCCGCCGCGCGUGGUAGAUCUAAAACCCCAGAGUUUACCGGAAAGCGCGUUGCCAACGGAAAGAAAUUCACCGCCGGGGCAAGCAAGUCGCUCCACACGCGCAACUCCUCGUAUGGCCGCAACUUGAAUAAGCUCACGAAAAUAGACUCUGAUGAGUCCAUGUCGACCCUACUGCGCCCGAAAAUGGACCGCUCCAAGUCCUCCGAUGGCCUCCUCUCGCGGCCUGUGCGCUCAUCGUCCAAGUCGUUGAACAAGCUCAGCCGACCAGUCUCGCAGAACUCCAUCCGUUCGCUCAAGUCUGGGUCUCGCAACUCUAGCACGGUGUUGGAACUAGAGAACAACGACGGCGAUUCGUCGGAGGAGGUGGAUGGGCUAGAGCCGAUCCAAGAGGGCCACCACGGGUUGAAGCACCCCCAGCCGAGCCAUUCUAAUGCUACCAGCACCGACUCGCUCCAUAAGCUCUACGGCGGCAGCGUGCUUCUCUCACAGUCUACCGGGGUGGAACGAAAGUUGCCUGCAAAUGCCAAUAACAGCAUUGUGCAAAUGAGCAAGCCCAACUAUGAUAACCACGAUGAGUACGCGGGGUAUAGUUUACAACAGCCAAGACCCAUGGAGUCUGCCUCAACGUCGCUUUCCUCCACCAACGGACCCCUUUCGUUUCAGGCGAAACGAACCGACUAUCCGGUGAUCCCGUCCAUCUCCACUCUCUCCAUGCACCAGCAUCUCGAGCAAGCGCCAGCCCAUCGUCCGCCCAGCAACGGCCUCACCAUGAUGAACACCGCCCAGCGCGCCCCGGAGUCUCCUGCCACCAACAACUUUGCCGCCUUUCUCAAGUCCGGCACCCCGGCCCCUGAGACCAGAACCCAGCAGCGGUUGUGGUUGCAGCGCGAGAACAGUUUUUUGGAUGUUUCUCAGAGCGGCAGCAUGAACACGCACAUGAGCAAGAUGUUUGGCAACAGUGUUCAGACCCGAACGGAGUCCGAGCGGUUGUCCCGAGAGUUCAUGAACGUGAGGCGGUACACCAAUCCGAUGAACGAAUCCUUGAAUCGAAUGGGUGUGAUUACCAAGGCAAUGGCUAAAAGCAGCAACAAGCAAAUUGCAGAACAGCACGAAACAUCUGUACUGGGGACAGCGUCGGUAGUGCGCAGUUCCAACACGUUUGCCGAGUAUGCCCCUGAAGUUCUGCAGCAAGGUAUGGAGACCCAUGAUAAGUUGUAUCGCAUGUGGCAGAUUGCGUGCAACGACCUAAUGACCCCUCCGGCCGAACAGCAACAGAUGCAACAGACGCAACAGCAGUUACUAAUGCAGCAACAGAUCCAGCUCAAUCAGAGAUCGCCACAGCAAAAACAACAGCGACUGGGGAAUGGAAAUAGAGCGGAUAAUACAUCACAGCAUGCCAUCAAGUCUCCUACCCCAACCAGGGCAUCUAUUGCUCGCCAUGGUCCUUCGACAUCACCGCCAGAGCAGGUCACUUUCCAGCCAGGAAAUAUCAGAUUGGCAGCCGAGAAAAUCCAUUUGAAUUGAUAGGUAUCAGGUAAGGACUUGAAAAUUCUGCGCAUCGGUGGCUUUCCACCUCAGGCAUAAGUUUACCCUGUUGUGCCAAUGAAUUGGACGCAUUGGCAUCGUACGAUGCAAUUCCUCAGCUAAACCCAUUAGACAUACUACGAUUUCUAUAGCCCACUAAAUUAGUGGUGUAUAAAUAAAACCAUUAAUAAAAUUAAAAUAAAAC